UACAAAUGUGUUGAUUGCCUUGGAGCUUGUCUGGUCUGUCAGGCAUGCAUGGUGGAGAUGCAUACCAGUAAUCCACUGCAUUGUGUUAAGCAGUGGAUGGGCAAUUUCUUUGAGAAAACAACAUUAAAGAAGCUGGGCAUGCAAAUUCAGCUCGGCCAUCCUUCCGGAGUAACAUGCACAAAACCCACACCCCUGUUUGCUGAUGAUUUUGUCGUUAUUGACUGUCAUGGGAUCCAUGAGGUUAAUUUAGACUUCUGCGACUGCAUCACAGCCCAGAGAAAUAUCAAGGAAUUGCUCCGCUGUUCUUUGUUUCCUGGAAGCACAGAUGACCCCAGGACUGCAGCAACAUUUUCAGUGCUCAACCAGUAUCUUAAGUUAUUAUAUGAAUCAAAGGUCUCUGCAUACAAAUUUUAUCAGUUGCUUGCCCAGCAAACCAGUAACACAGGUGUUAAGGAGUCUAGGGUAUGUCAUCCUCCAUCACUGAUGCAAUAG